AUGUCGCAGCCGCCGGCGGACGCCAGGGGCGCGCGGGAGGAGGUCGGCGGCGGCGGCGGGCGGCGACGACAGCCGGCCCGGGCGCGCUCGGCCGAGCUGUGGGCGGGCCGCUGGGCCGAGGCGGAGGCGGCCGGGCCUGCAGGCCUGGUGGCGGGGCCCCCCGGGCAAGGGGCCCCCCAGGCCGAGGCCGAGGCCUUGGGGCCGGAGCCGGCCGCGGCCGCGCAGCCCCCCAUCGGCGAGGAGGUGCCCAACGCGCACGGGGGCCGCCUGCGGGGCUUCAACGAGCCCAACUGGGUGUUCAUGGACGUGUGCCGCGCCCGCGAGGUGGCCCAGGACGCCAGCUGGCAGGCCCGGUACCCCAACGUCUACCUGGAUUACUUCACCUUCAUCGAGGACCUCUUCGCCUCCGUGGCCCUCAGCCGCCUGGCCGCCGAGCUGGGCUGCGAUCGCCUCAAAGACCGGGAAUAG